AUGAGAAAGAAUUAGGUGAAGAAAAAAGACAAAUUUGAGGAUGGAAUCAGAAGGAUAGUCAAUGUACAUAGAUAAAAUAUUUCGGAUAUGAUUCUCAAUAAAUUGACACUCUGCAUUGUUGAAAGUUAAAGCAUUACUCUAAAUGAUUUUGCGAGAAGAUGGUUAAUUUAAAAUUCUACAGUUCGCACUGACAACCUUUUGGCUGGUUUCGUUGAUGAACAUUAUGCACCUUAUGUUGAACUGAAAAGCUUUAACUUAAAUUACUAAAUCGUGAAUACUAAAUUAUUGGAAAGUAGUAAUUGGAGUUAUAAAAUUCUAAAAAAAUUUGCUACAAAUGCCUUGUAAAAAGAUAUAGACAUUAUAAAUUUACUAGCUUAUAUGCAAGUAAUCAUUAUGGGGUUAUUUUCUUAAGCCGAUUCCUCUAUGGUUACAUCUGUAAUAAAUUUUGAGCAUCUUGGUCCACUUUAAGCCUUCUUUUAUACAAAAACAGAUAAAAAUAUGACUCUUUUUUGGGAGGUUGGAAUAGAUAAAAUUCCUAAAAUUGCUCGAGUGGCUAAAGAAUAUUAAAAGGAUUUGUUAGGUUAUGAUUAUAUUCAUACAAUAACAUUCAUUGAUUGCAGAUAUGAUUGCAAAGUUGACUAAAAUGCUGCGAAAUUCGUUACAAAUUAUUAUUAGGAAGUUAGAUCUGCUAUUCAUAGAUAAGAUUAUUAAUCAGUUAUUUCAACUUCAAAAGGUUAUCAAACAAUAAAGCAUUCAAGUUAGGAAUAUUUAUUCUCAAUUGAAAAUAGUGAUUUAGGAAGUAUACACGGCGAAUUGAACUAUAAUAAAAGAUAGAAUGACAUUAUAAAAUGGAUGCCAAAUAGAUUUCCUACUAUUUAUUUAACAAAAUAGGAAUAGUAAUCAUUUAAAUACGAUGAAUCAAUUAAAAGAUGGGUUAGUAAAGACUAUGAGGCCAUCGAAUAGGCUAAGAAAAUGAGGGAAUAUUAAGCCAAGAUAAAUAAGGAUUUAUUAAAAAGAUACGCCGAUUUUUCAUCAGCAGCUAAGCUUGUUGAAUUGUUAUAAAAAGUCCCUAAUUUUAAGAUAAAGUUAACAUAAGAAGAAUAGGAAGUGGUUGGAUCAGAUGGAAAUGUUAUGGUUAUUGGUAGGAGUGGGACAGGUAAGACUACAUGUUCAAUCUUGAGACUUUUCGCUAUGGAAACCUUAUUUAAACUAAGAUUAGAGUUAUACAAAUAGAAACACGAGAAUGUUCUUUAGAAUUAUAAAUACGAUGAUUAAGAAGUUGAUAAUAAUGUUGGAUUGCAUUGUGUGUUUGCAACAGCUAGUCCUGUAUUGACUACAGAAGUGAAAAGAUAUUAUUAAAAGUUGACAGCAUAAAUCAAAGCUGAAUUAGAAAGGAAGAAAUAAAAAGAUCGAUUGACACGUUUACAAUAAGAAUAGGAAGCAUAAAGAUAAGAAAGUGAGAAUUAGUUCAAUUAAAGCACAGUUUAAAUUGUAGAUGAUGCUAAAUAGAUUGAAGAAAAUUACUUUGAAUAAUAAAUAAAGGGAAUCUAUCUAUAAAAAGAGUAGGCAGGAUUCUAAGAGGAUUUAAAUGAGGAGGAUUGGGAAAAAGAGGAAGCGAAAUUGAAAUAAGAGUUAGAUGCUUUUCAUUCAUUUGCUGAUAUGUAAGAUUCUGAUUUUCCAGCUUUUUUAACAAUAAAAAAGUUAUUGUUAUUAAUUGAUGGAUCACUUGCAAAUCCUUUCUUCUCUCGUACUUAAGAAAACAAAAUAGUCAACUCUGCCACUCAUGCAUAAUGGAGCACUGAGAAUACAGGAGUGAUAUUUAUAAACACUUACAAAAAGGGUGGAGAUUAAGAUAUGGAAUAUGAUGAUGAGGAGUAUGAGGCAUUAUUUGAUGAGAAUGAAAAAGACCUAGAUGAUAUGGAUGAAUAUGAACUUGAAUAGGAAUAUUAAAGACAAUUGUACUUGAUGAACAAACCUUAGUGGUAAGAAAAGGAGGAGAACAAUAUGACCAAACUCUCUUAGGAAGUGGAUUUCGACUUUUUCCUAAAUAAUUUUUGGUAUAGUAAAAAAAAUAGGUAUUAAAAUAAUAAUUUAAAUCCAGCAUUUGUUUGGACUCAAAUAUACUCUCAUAUCAAAGGUGAUGCUGCUUCUCAUACAUAUCCUGGACAUUUUAUACCGAAGAAAGUAUAUAUGAAAUUAAACAAAAAUGAUAAUCUUUUUGAUGAAAUCUUUGAAUGCUAUGUUCAUUAUGAAAAAUGGAAGAUUUAACAAGGAUAUUAUGAUUUUAUGGAUGUAGUCAACCACAUUCUUGUUUAAUUGGUCUGCGGAAAAUGUCAUCUUAUUCCCAUUCAUUAUCUGAUGAUUGAUGAAUGUCAAGAUCUGCCCCAUGCUGUUUUACUGUUGUUGUGUAAAAUAACUGAAUAGGGUUUAUUCUUCAGUGGAGACACUGCUUAAAAUAUCGCAAAGGGUGUUGGAUUUAGAUUUUAAGAUUUGAAGUCUCUUUUCAGGAAACCUGAAAUCACUUAUAAUGCUAAACAAAAUGAUUUAAAAAUUCAUUAACUCACAAUCAAUUUUAGAUCACACAACAACAUUUUAUAAUUAGCAAACUGCCUUGUUUCCUUAUUGGAGAUCUUCUUUCCAAACACGAUUGACAAAUUGAAAAAAGAAAGAUCCAAUAUUUCAGGUCCAAAACCAAUCCUAGUCAAUGGGGAUAAAGAUGAGUUAUUUUAUCUUUUAUCUGGAGAACAUGCAGAUAAAAAUUAGUAAGUUGGGGAGAGACUGCCUAUUGAAUUUGGUUGCAAUUAAGUCUUAAUUGUAAAGGAUUAAGAUUCAAAGAAAAAUAUUCCUUCCAUUUUACAGCACGCCUUAGUAUUAACCAUUUAUGAAGCAAAAGGAUUGGAGUUUGACGAUGUGAUACUCUUUAAUUUCUUUUAAGAUCAUUACAUAGGAGAUACCUAAUGGAAAUUAUUAAUGACUUGUGAUAUUCUGGAUGAAGAAAUUAGCAAGGAGAAAUUCCUUGAUAGUUGUACUAAACAUUAGACCUUAGAUGAUGAAGCAACCAUUUUUACAGGUUUCGAGGAAAGGAAUGGUAACAUUAUAGUUAAAAGAAUCGCUACUUAAAACAAAUUCUACGACGAGUUAACCUACAAUUAUAGUUAGUUAUGUAAUGAGAUCAAAUAAUUAUAUGUUGCUGUCACAAGACCGAGACAACGAUUAAUUAUAUAUGAUGAAAAUCCUUAAGCCAGAUAAUACAUGUAAAAUAUAUGGUAAAAACUUAAUUUGAUUGAAUUCUUUGUAUAGAGAACUCAGGAGGAUAAAAAUGUUGAAAGGUUUGCCAAAUAAACAUCAAAAGAGGAAUGGAAAAAAUAAGGGUUGAAAAUGUUUAGAAACAAAUAUUAUGAAUAAGCUGAAAAAUGCUUUGAAUAAUCUAAAGAUGAACAGCUCUUCAUAAAGGCAAGGGCUUUCAAGGUUGCAACAGAAGCCAAUGCACUUAUAUAAUAAUAUUCCCAAACUUCAUCCAAUGGUGGAAUGACAAAGAAAGAUAAAAAAAAAAUCUUAGCCUCAUUGAAGCAACAAUAGAAAGAAAAGUUUACUGAAUCAGCACAGUUAUUUAUGAAAAUUCAGAAUUACAAAUAAGCAGCUUAAUGUUACUAUUCAGGUGAGAUGUAUGAAGAAGCAUUAAGCAUAUAUGUUAAGUAGGAAAUGUUCAAUGAGGCUGGAGAAGCAGCUUACAAAUGUGAAAAGUAUUCUGAAGCAGCUGAUUAUUUUUUUAAAUCUAAUGAUUUUAUUAGAGCUGUAGAUGCAUGCGAAAAGGCAGAAGCUUAUGAACAGAUAUUUAAUGUAAUUCAUUAAUUGAGAGAUAAAAUACCAGUUGAAACUAGAUCUGCAUUUCUAAAGAAGUACUUGCCAAUAAUCCUAAAUAAAAUGACUACUUAGAUUGGAUAACUUGAAUAAGUGAAUGAAUAGCUAACAAAAAAUUAAGAAAAAAAGCCACUUAUUAUUGAAGAGAGUUCGGAUGAGGAGGAGGAUGAUGAGGAUGAAGAAAAUGGAGAUGGAGAUGGAGACAAAAAUUAAGUGGAGAAGGUUUAAAAUAAGACAGGAAAAGAAGAGUAAUAAGAAAAGAUUAUUGAAUUAAGUAGUUAAUUAAUACAAUCACUACCUGAUCAAUCAUAACCAUCUAUUUUGGUUAAGCAAGAAAGCAUGAAUAAUAAUUCUGAUGACUCCUAAUCAUUUUCAGUAUAAAACACAUAAAGCUUUUAAAUUGAAUAAGACCAAGUCUAAAAUAGUAAAAUAAUUAGUGUUGCUGAAUCUGAAUCAUUUUAAGUGGAAAAAACAUUUAAAGAGGAUGAUGAAGUGGAAUAAAACUUUGAACAUUUGUCUCACUUUGAUCCAGAGGAUUAAUGGUUGAGAAAUGAUAACAAAUCCAUUAUUGAAACAAUUGCAUCAAAAAAGAGUGAACAAUCUGAUUAUUCUGCUUUUUCAUAUGCGUAAAUGCAUAGCAAUCCGAAUGUUUAAUUCGUAAAAACCAAAGCAGAUAUUUUUAUUCAGGAUACAAUAAUGUAAUAAAUUAUUAAAUACAUCUCAAUGUUCUCGGAUGAAUUUAAAUAUUAAUUGUAUAAUUAAAGAAGUAAAUCAGCAUAACUCAGUAAUAAAUAGGUUGAUUAACAUUAAUUUGAUUAUAUGGUUGACUUUAUGUUGGAUUUAGAUUUGGUUGACAUCUCCUUUAUUUUUUUGGUUUUAGAUAUUUUAGAAUAGUUCAAGAAUUACAAAUUAUGCAUUUUUGUUUGCAAUAGAUACAAAUUGGCCGAUCAAUUAGGAAGAUAUUUAGUCUCAAUUGCAUCAACAUAUUCACCUCUUGCAUUGCACUCAGCUAGUUUGAAUGUUUAAUACUUAAUUAAUGGGAAGCAAAGAUAAGCUUAAAUUGAUAAAGGUUUGGUUUCAGCAUUUGCAGUCCAUAAUGUAUUUGAAAACAUUAAUCCAGAGUUCAUUACAUUGAAAUUUAAUAAUGUUAAGCUUACAUCACAAAAUUCAUUGGGCUUAGAAUGUUAUUCAUAGUUGCUAUUAUUAGGAUUUUGGAAGAAAACUGUAUACUAAAUGGAUGUUUAAAAUUCAUUAUUAGUUUGUAAAUUGUUUAUGGAUUUUAAAAAUUGGAGAUUCAUUUAUUAUAGUAAUUUAAGUCAUUAGGUCACUAAUAAGAUUAUAGAAAAUGAACAAAAAGAUAAAGAUUUGGCCUAAGUCUAUUAAACAACAUUAAUAUUGAUAUAAAAGAAGCUUGAUAUUUGUUUUUCAACUAUGAUAAGAGGAAUUGAUAUGCUAACAAUUACAUAUCCAAAAGAUUAGUAGGAGAUGGAAUUCGCGAUUAUUACCUUGGAGCAAUAUUACAGUGAAUUAAUAACAUAAAUGGUAAUGAAUCAGAAGGCUCCGCAAACUUUAUUCUAUAGACCUCAUACAUUAGAUCUUCAAAAAACUAUUAAAGUCGAACUAAAUCCUAAGUAGAAUCUACCUAAAAUGUAUUCAUUAACUGAAGAAGUAGUCUUUUACUUGAUUAGUAAAACAGAAGUUCCGGAAGAAAUUCUUAAUAAAUUAUGUAAUAUUGUACUUGAUUACAAGAAUCCUCAUAACGAAUUAGAAAUUUAUCAAUCUGUGUUUCUACUCGUACUUUAUUGUUAAUAUGUUGUACAUAACUCAGGAUUGGUUAAGACUCAAUCUUGGAUUACGUAAUUAGAUGCCAAAACAUAUGCUACACUAAUAAAAUCUCUUAGAUUUAUCAAGAGUUUGUUGAAUACAAACCAACAUUGCCUGUAGAAAUUAUCAAAAAUUGUUACCAGAAGUGUACUAUUUUACUUUAAAAUCAGAUAGCCAGAAAAUGUAGCUUUACUUAAACCAUAUUUUAAUUCAGUAAUAAUCAAUCGAUCAUCUGUAAUCAUAUAGGGUUUAAUUGAAAACAGACAUAAUUUACAAUUGAAGGGCAAUAAAAUUGUGUUGGAUGAUUAUUACUUUGUAGAUAUUGAUUUUGAAUUCAUUAGUGCCCCAAGAUCUUCUGUGAUAUUUUUGAUUUCAAAGAAACUUAGCAAUGAAUUGAAUUCCAUUACUUCUUUAAGGAGAGCUUCUUUUGAUGAAUAUCAUUUUGAUCAAUUGUACCCACAUGAAUAUGAGGAUCACUUUGAAAAUUUGAGUAUCUAUUUAUAUAGUAGAUAAAACUCCACUUAAAAUUAUUAAUCAAGAAAGGACACUAGUUCGAUAACUGUUGAUGAUUGGAUAAAAAAGGAAUUACAAAUAAGUUCUUAGAAGAUGCAAGAAAGCUUAGAGAAGAAGAAAAUUUAAUAGAUGGAUGAUUCAGGUGGUAUAAAAUUAAUAUUUAAGAAAAACCAAAAACAUUCAAAAUAAUAACAUUCUUUUAUGAGGAAUCCUUAUCUUAAAUGUUUAUCCUCUGAAUCAAGAAAUUAUAAUACUCACCAGGCUUUAAAAUAUAUUAAUCAACAACAUAAAGAUUCAGAUUCAUUCCAUUCUGGUAUGGUAAAAUUCAUCCAUUUAAUGAAUUAUGCUAGUAAUAACCACUUCACCUAUUAAUACAUCAACAGAAAAAUUGAAUAAGGAUAAUCUAGCAAAUAUGAGCCUUAUCUUCAAUAUUUAGAAUGCUUAAUAUGUAAAAAAUUUAACGUGAUUUCUGAUGCCACCGAUCUUUAUUUUUCAUAUCUGGAAGUUAGAAAAGAUUUAAUGGCUGCAGAUGAAUUAUAUUAUCAAUUAUCUUAUUUAUUUUUGAAUAACAUAGUUGGAUAUUUACUGAAAAGUAAGAAUAAUUGUUAGAUCAAAAUUGCUAAUCGAUACUUUAUUUACUUCGAUAAGAUUACUUAGCCUGAUGAGUAGUCAUAUCUAAAUGAAACAAACUUUCAUCCCAUAUCAAAUUAGGAUGGAAUUGCCAAUAUAAUAGAAUAAUUGUCAGAUUUAUAAAAAGAUUAACCUUAAGCAUUCGGCUUUAAAAUCAUGCUAUUAAUUUACACUUUAGUGCUUAAUUUAAAUGAUAUCAAAGCACAUGUGAUAACUGAGAUUAAGAAAAUCAUCUAUAAUGUAACUGCUUAAGACGAAGUGGAAUAAUAUGCAUAAAUUAUGAAAGCUGUCAACUUGCCUGAUAAACAAAGAUUUGAUGCUUUGACUAUUAAUUCUAAUGUUAUCAAAUUAGUCUUUGCUUAAAACAUUAAGUUGUAUUCUUUAAAUGUUGUAAAUAAACUAACAGCCUAAACGAUUGAUGAUGCAUAUCAGAGUUGUUUAGAUGAAUGGUCAAAUAUACAAAAAAGAAGUGAAGAACUUGAAAAUAAAACAAGGAAAAUAGUGACAGCUUUAAGGGAAAAGUAGAAAUAGGAAAAGUUCGUUAACCCUUACUUCUAUGGAUUUGGUGAAUAUGAGUUUUCAAGGAAAUUCAAGACAUCCAAAUAUAUUGACAUAAUAAAUGAAUUCAUUAGAAUUAGAAAGAUAUUAUUGUCUACAUUCUAUUCUAUGUUGUUGACAAACUCAAUUGAUUUCCAUUUUAUUUCAUUGCAAUUAAAACAGCUGGAUAAGAAGGAAGAUGAAUUCAAUACUUUAUGGGGAAAUUACUCAUCUAAACAGAUGAUCCAAUCAGAGUUUAUUAAAUAAUAUGAUGAAUAAUACAAGAACACAUCAGUAAUAAUUGAAACCUUAUUGUAAUGGUAAAAAAACAAUGUGACAUUUGAAUAAAAUGCUAAUAAAUUGCUUGAAAGGAACAGGAAAUUAUUGGCCUUAAAGUGGAUGAGUAAUAGAGCUGGAUUGGCACUUCAGAAGAUUCAAAAGAAAAAGAAGGGCUUAAAGAGACAAAAGUUGUAAGAGCAGAAAAAAUUAAUUAUGAAACUAUAGUGA